CAGGCGGCUCUUUCGGCGCUGGUUCACCGCUCCACGCAGCUAGCGUAUUUGGCCGUGGCACUCACUCUCAACUCUCUUCUGCCACACCAUGGAGAACCCGCCCUAUGUUCCGUAUCAGGCUUACAAGUCCAAGCGGCACAAUCGUGUCCAAUCCCACCCGCAAGCAACCUCGAACGGCGCUCCUCCACCCUUGCAAGCUCGCCCGAAUCCUACUGUCAUCAAUGGCUUUGCCCAAAGCGAGCCCAUAGUACCUCAUGCGUCUAACGGUGUCGCCGAUGCGGAAAAGCGCUCCAUUGCCACACUCAAUGGGCGCAGUACUCUGCAACGACCUGUCUCAAUGAUAGAUACCCUUACUCACCUACGUCAAGAGUUUACUUCUCCGCCCUUGUCUGAUGCGAAUGUCGAGAAAGUAUCAAUUGCGCUGCCUGCGGAGAGGACCAUUGAGAAACCGGCUGAGAAGCCUCUUCCGCCUCCUCUGGUGGUGCCAUCCCCAACGGCCGUUACUCCAAGUCUUGUGAGGUCGCCCAUCUCUUCUCCCAAGACUUCCCAGCCAGCUUCGCCCCCUCCAGCUCCUGUGCCGCUAUCGCCUCAACCUAGUUCUCCAUUACCGCUCUCUCAGACUAGCUCCCCCAAAGUACUUGGGAAGGCUGUCGCACAAUCGUCCCCCGCCGCUGGCCCUUCGACCCUUUCGCCGGUGGCCUCGGACAGGCCCGUGGCAUCCCCCAGGAAGUCAUCGACGUUCCGACAUGUACCCUUGCGUCCGCCUGCGGCGUCUAGGCCGACCUUGCAAUCAUCUCCGCUCAGCCGUCCAACUAGCAUGAUCGUCCAGAACACUUCCUCAAUGCUUGGCUCACCCCGAUCUUCGCCAUGGAACCUCAACCAGCCUACCAGUGCCGUGUCCUCGGCCGUCUCGAGCCCUGUCAUGCCUGCGCAAGACCGCACGCUGCCCCCUAUACCGGCUUUCGAACUCCAGCCACGGCCAUCCCAAUCCCUCUCCGCCGCCGCCGCCGCCUCCUCCAGUCCCACGCCCAUAGCGCCGAUACAUGCCCCCGUUGCCGUGCCAAAGCGCUCAUCAGUACUGAUGACAUCCCCGGCACCAGAUGUAGCACCGCCUACGCAUCCUGUAUCUUCAUCUACGCCUCCUACAAUGACGCCAUCGACAUCGACUUCUUCUGCUGUUCCAUCUACUGCGCGGACGCCUGCUCGGUCACCAGCGCCCUACCGACCUGGUUUCCAACCGAAGGGUGUGUACCGGCCCCGGACAGAUGAGUUCAUCGACGCGCGGAACCGGAGUCGGGAUGCUGGACGGAUAGAGCGGACACGACUGGAGCGCCGUCUGGAGAAGCUCAUCAACUUGCAUUUCCCUCCUCCUGGACAGAGCAAGUCGGAGGCUGCAGAGCCUCGGCCGAAGCACGAGAACAGACGUGCUUCUUCGUUCUGGGAUCUGGAUCUGUCGGAGUUGAGGAGCAAGAGCGCGGGCGAUCUGUGGCGGGAGGUUGUGCAAUCGCAGGCUUCACAAAAUGGCAAGAACGAUGUCCGAGUCGCUGAGCAGAAGAUCACACCUUGGGAGGACGAUGCUUCCGUGUCGCAAUGUCCUAUAUGCUCAGCAUCAUUUCAUCCCCUUACCAAUCGGAAACACCAUUGUCGACUAUGUGGACGUAUCGUCUGCUCAUUGCCAGUGAAGUAUCCCCAACGACCUCAGACAUGUUCUCUCUUGUUUGUUGUGGACCAGAACACAGGUCGAAUAGAGGAAGUCGGGGAGGGCGUUGAUUACGGUGUGCGGAGACGCAGUACUGCGGCACCUGGCAAGCCGCAGAGACGAAACAAUAUGCUCAGCGAUGAGGAGAAGUUCCUGAAGGGCGUGCGGGUAUGUCGUGAUUGUCGACCCGUGCUCCUACGACAGCAGUACCGACAUGAAAUGGGCGUCGUGCCUCUCUUCACGCGACUGUACAAUGCUCUCAUCUCGCUUGAGAAAGAAAUCGAGGACGAGUUGCCGGUAUUCCAGGAGCUUGUCGUGAACCUUGCCAGGCAGGAACGUCCGACACCAGAAGCUACAGCUGUACGAAAGCGGCUGCUAGAGGCGUUCGGGCAGUUUGAUGCCCUAGCUAAGCGUAUACGACAGCUGCCCUGCGCACCAGGCAGUUCACAGGAUCGUAUACAGGGAGCCAUUGCUUCUCGCGCGAACCACUUUCUACAGAAGAACAUGUUGCCGCUCCAGUCACUGCCAAAGCCCAACGGCAAGAAAGCAGGUUCUCCCUCUUCCCAUAGCCCGAACCCCCCAGAAGACCAGAUCAUCGACCCCGACUCGGAGGUCGCACGUGUCCUCCAGCCGUUACUGGAGCAGGAGGCGUUGCUCGAAACGUUCGUCGAAGAGGCCAAGGCACACCGGAAGUUCGAGGACGUCAAGACGCUUAAGAGCAACUUGCGCGAGAUACGCGCGGAGAUCGAGCGCAUUCUUGUCAACGCGGAGGAGCAGGCCCCAGCGACGAGAAGGACGUCGGCAAGGACAUGAGGCUGCAUGCGAGCGUAGAUCAUACCGCUUGAUAUCUUGCUCUAGAGGCCUUGUCUUUUGUGCUUGCUGCUUCGAUCGUGAUAGUGCUACAAUGUCAGCAGAUCUAGUCGCUGGUGCUUCACGGGUGGCCUGUCCAGGUAGACUCUUCUUGCCGUUCUAGGUCGCAAUAUUGUCGCCUUCGGUCCGUUUAAUCCUCCUCUGAGGGAAGGCCAGACGACUACAUGUUACUGAG